AUGGACGAACAUCUCACCGGGGGGUUCUCGGAACCCUGUGGGACCUGCUCUGAGGUCUCCUGGGGCCUCACAGACGACGGAGCGUUCUACUGCAGGAACUGUCAUAAUGUUAUCGAGAGGACGCAGGAAGUUCACGAUCUUGGGGAUCCAGGGAUGACCCGAAUUUCAUCUGUGAGGAAGGGGUCUCGGGGCAAGAAAGCAGAGGGCGGUCGGCAGUGGAUGGUCUGUGAAGGUUUCCAGUUCAUUCUAAAGUCUCAGGCUGAAGCUCUGCUCAAACUCGGUGUCGACCCGAAGUUUAAGGACCAGGUUCUGGGGAGGAUUUGGAGGUUGUUUCUCAACAGGACUCAUCAGGCGUACACACACACGCCUGCUCGUAGCGGCUCCUUCAGGCUUGUGCGUGACACUGCAGACUCUGAGACUGGACCAAGCUCUGCCUCAGGUUUAGACUCUGGAUCCGGUCUGGACUCGGACCCGGGUCUGCGAAGCUCAGCAGGAUCUGUGACGGGAGAGCUCUCUGAUUGGUCGCUGGGCUCGGUGGACAGUGACGCUUUUGUGUCCAGUGCGAUGAAGAGGAGGAGGAUGAAGACUCAGAUGUCAAUGAAGAGGACGCUGUCGCUGCUGCAUCUGGCUCUGGUCUGGGCCAGGUCAGAGGUCACACUGAGCCUACUGCUGAGGUUGGUGCAUCAGGGUGUGGUUCCAUACAUAAAUUCGUACGAAUCUUUUCCUGAUGAAAUGAAACUGAACAACAAAGACGGACUGAUCUUCAGGGAGACGUCUGUGCCGUCUUACUCCUCUGUCCACACCGACGCCGUGGAGCUGAUCCGGCUCCUUCCACUUCCUGCUUUCCCACCGAUCGGCAUCAAGAGUCCACAGCACCCUCUGAACCUGAGCCUGAGAUAUAUGAUCCAGCUAAACCUACCCGAUGAGAUGGCAGAGUGGGUGGAGUUUGUCCUGGACCAGACUGACCUCAUGUCCUCCUCUGGUCUGGACAAGUUCUCUGGUCUGGACCGGUCCUCUGGUCUCCCUCAGUACGAGCUGGUCGCCGCUGCCGCCGUCAUGGUGACCAUGAAGCUGCUGUUCGGCCUCGAUGAUCAGACAGAGUGGGAGCUGUCCUCUGGAGCCCCCUCUUCAGGAUCAGUUUUCAGUUUGCGACGCUGGUACCGCUUCCUGCAGAGGAGUCUGAGGAGAGGAGAGAGGAGGAGCAGGAGGAGCAGAGCCCGGAAACAAUGGGUUCCUUUUAAGCCAUUUUUCUUCAGUCACAAACAGAAAAUUGUGGUUCAAAAGAAGAGACGAGUGUCGGACUGUCUCACUUCCUGUUUCAGAGCGUUGUCGUCUGGUCGCCAUGGGGACGCUGACAGCUUCAGUUCUCAUCCGGGAGGGGGAGUCUACAGCUGUCACUUCCUGUGGGGGCGGAGUCCUGGUGCAGAUGGGCCCAGCAUGCAUCACAUGACCUUGAGAGGCGGAGCCAGGACCAACCUGACCAAUCCGCUUUCAGAAGAGAACUACUGGCUCCUCCGCGUCACCAGCCGCAGACCCAGUGGACCCAUCCCUCACAUGUUCCUGUGGCUCCUUCGUCUCUUCUCUUUUCUUCUUGAUGUAAAAUCUAAACUUUUAUUAAACGUGGUUCAACGUUUGGAGGGAGUUCUCAUGAGACGCCUCAGACCCAAAAGACUGAAGCGGAGACACCGGGACCGGGACCAGUGA